CCGAGCGCAGCCGAUCCCGCCCCAUGCCGGGCCCGCGGUCGCUGCUGGGGCUGGGGCUGCUGGUGGCGGCGGCGCGGGCGGGCGGGCGUUGCCCGGGGGGGGGCUGGCACCGGGACUGGCACCGGGACCGCGGCUGGUGCCGCCCCCACCGCGCCAUGCACGGGCCCAGCGCCGGGCCCGGCCCGCGGGAGCUGCGCUUCCUUGGGCAGGAGGAGGCCCAGGCCAUCGACCAGGAGCUCUUCACCGAGUACAAAUUCAGCGUGGACCAGCUGAUGGAGCUGGCGGGGCUGAGCUGCGCCACCGCCAUCGCCAAGGCUUACCCCCCCAGCUCCUUCACCACCAGCCAGCCCGCCGUGCUGGUCGUCUGUGGGCCGGGAAACAACGGCGGCGACGGCUUGGUCUGCGCCCGGCACCUGAAAAUGUUUGGCUACGAGCCAACCGUCUAUUACCCCAAGCGGCCCAACAAGCCCCUCUUUGAAGGUUUGACCACCCAGUGCCAGAAGAUGGACAUCCCCUUCCUGCCCGAGUUCCCGGCGGAGGCUGCGCUCAUCGACGAGCUCUACGGCUUGGUGGUGGAUGCGAUUUUCGGGUUCAGCUUCAAGGGAGCGGUGCGGGAGCCCUUCGGCAGCAUCCUCGGCACCCUCGAGCGCGUCACGGUCCCCAUCGCCAGCAUCGACAUCCCCUCGGGCUGGGACGUGGAGAAGGGGAAGGCGGACGGUCUCCAGCCCGACAUGCUCAUCUCGCUGACGGCGCCCAAGGCAGCAGCCAAGCAUUUUGCUGGCCGCUACCACUUCCUCGGGGGCAGGUUUGUGCCCCCCGCGCUCCAGAAGAAAUACGCUUUAAACCUGCCGCCGUACCCUGAGACAGACUGCGUCCUGCAGCUGACCUAGGGCUGGGGCGCAGCGGGGGCUUGGGGUGCCGGGCUAGGCUUUGGCACGGCAGAUCAGGGUCUCAUUCUGCCAAAGCUGCAGCUCUCCGCUAGGAGGAUGCUCAGCGCCUCACUGGGCUUCGGUCCUACUCAGCUCUGCCACGGGGUCGAGGUUUGCAGCGGACUCAAAGCCCCCAGGAGCCUGGGGGUGAUAGGCCGGCUGCCGGGGGACUCCGUUUGGGGUUGCUGCCUCAUCCGAGUGUUUGUAGGUGUAGACAAAAGCCAGGACGCUGGGGUUUGCCACGUACGUUGCACUUCUGGAUAGUUUCACUGCAAUAAAGAUUUUAUUUGUGCCCUUGAAAA